AUGUCUACCCGUAUUCCACCUUUGCUAGAGUCAUAUCUCGCUCUACCGCCAGAGGCCUCGCUCAUCCUUCUCACCAGUGUGCUCGGCGCGAGCGCAAACUGGUUGACUCUACGCCAUCUGUACUCCUACCUACGAGGGGCGAGCGGUGAACCGGCAGCCGAUAAGCCAGAUGUCGGCGUUAUUCUGGUCAGCUUCAUGAGAGACGGCGCCUUCUGGCGUGAGGGAGCGGGUAAGAUGGGACUGGACCUUGACGGAAUGAGCAAACAAGGGAAAUUCAGUUUCGUGGAUGGUCUGACGGGACUGUUCACGGGCGAAACACACCCCAAAGACAGGACGCUGAAAAGUGCAGACAUGGGGGAUAUGCAGCGUGAGAUCGAGGCAGCCUUGGGGGAUCUACGCACAGCAACCAAGACACUCAUUCUGGAUGCUCCGGAUGUCGUGCUAGCGGCUACGGAGGCGACAAGCACAUCCUUCUCGAACUUGCUGCUCAAUCUUCGCGCGCGGUGUUAUGCUACGGUUGUGAGCCUCGCUGCGGAUGCGCCGCUCAUACAGGCCCAGCAGACCACCCUGGAGAAGGAGCAUGCGACGCUGGUUCUGGGGCAGGCACACGCUGCAGACCGGGUGUUUGCCCUGAGAAUGCUGGACACGGGCACGGCGAAGGAUACGUCUGCGUAG